AUGGCUCCUGGAAACGAUUCUUUCGUGACUGAAUUUAUUCUAGUGGAGUUAACAGACCAUCGAGAUCUCCAAGUUCCCUUGUUUAUCCUGUUUCUAGUAAUGUAUAUAGUCACUGUGUUGGGAAAUUUGGGCUUGAUAACUCUAAUUGGGCUGAAUUCACACCUACACACCCCCAUGUACUUUUUCCUCUUUAACUUGUCCUUUAUAGAUCUUUGCUUUUCUUCAGUAUUUACACCAAAAAUGCUGAUGAAUUUCGUGUCAAAGAAGAAUAUUAUUUCUUACAUGGGGUGCAUGACUCAGCUCUACUUUUUCUUUUUUGUCAUUUCUGAAUGCUACGUGUUGACAUCAAUGACCUAUGAUCGCUAUGUGGCCAUCUGUAAGCCACUGUUGUAUAACAUUACCAUGUCCCGUGCAGUGUGUUCUAGGCUUGUUUUUGGUUCAUACUCGAUGGCGUUUUCUGGCAGUAUGGCUCACACUGGAUGCAUGUUGAGACUGUCCUUCUGUGAUGCAAAUACCAUCAACCACUACUUCUGUGACAUCCUCUCUCUGCUCCAGCUCUCCUGCACCAGCACCUACAUCAAUGAGAUGGUGGUUUUCAUCGUGGUGGGCAUCAACAUCAUUGUGCCCAGUCUCACCAUCUUUGUCUCAUAUGGUCUCAUCCUCUCCAGCAUCUUUCGCAUCAGCUCCACAGAAGGCAGGUCCAAAGCCUUCAGCACCUGCAUUUCCCACAUUAUUGCUGUUUCUCUGUUCUUUGGAUCAGGUUUAUUUAUGUAUCUCAAACCAUCUUCCGCUGAGUCAAUGGAUGAGGGAAAAAUAUCUUCUGUCUUUUAUACUAAUGUGGUUCCCAUGAUGAACCCCUUAAUCUACAGUUUGAGGAACAAAGAUGUUAAAAUUGCUCUGAGAAAAACUCUGAGGAGAAGAAAGUUUUGACAAAUCAGUCUCGGUGCAGGUAGUCAUAGGAGAUGAGAUUCCCUUUGUUGCAGCCUUCUUGUCCUGUUUCUUUCUCACC